AUGAGAAGAGAACUGACGGUGGUGAUCACCACGCGCCAAACCCUCCUCCUCCUCCUCAAACCCUUGUCUUCCCUCGCCACCGCAACACCGCCGCCCGAUAUCUCUUCCGAGCUCUUCGCCGUCCUCUCUCACCGGAAUUGGCAGAAACAUCCUUCCCUCAGAAACCUAAUCCCCUCCAUAUCCCCUUCCCAUGUCUCUUCCCUCUUCGCCCGCAACCUCCACCCCCAAAUUGCCCUCUCCUUCUUCCGCUGGAUCGCCGAAAUCCCCCGAUACAAGCACACCGUCCACUCUCAUUCCUCAUUGCUCCUCAACAUUCUGCUUCCCAAUCGCUGGCUCGAUGCCGCCGAGAAGAUCCGGAUUUCGAUGCUCAAGGCCUGCGAUUCGCCUGAGGAUGCCCACUUUGUGCUCGACCUGUUGCGCCGGAUGAACGACGGCGGUUCUGGUUUCGUCGAGUUCAAGCUCACUCUCAGGUCCUACAACUGGCUCCUAAUAUCUGUGUCCAAGUUUUUACUAAUUGAUGAUGUGAAAACUGUGUUUUUGGAAAUGUUGGCCGACAAGAUUCCGCCGGAUAUUGUUACGUUGAAUACCAUGGUGGUUGCUUAUUGUAAAUUGGGAAAUGUGGCCGGGGCCAAUUUGUAUGUCAGUAAGAUAGUGCAGGCAGGUUUUAACCCCACUAGUUUUACAUACAGUUCAUUGAUAAUGGGGCAUUGUAGGAACAAGGAUGUGGAUAAUGCUUUUAAGAUUUUUGAGGUAAUGCCGGAUAAGGGCUGUCCAAGAGACGUGGUUUCGUAUAAUUAUUUAAUUCGGGGGUUUUGUGAGGCUCAUCGCAUUGAUGAGGCACUCAAGUUGUUCUCUCACAUGGGGCAGGGGGGCGAUAAUUGUUUUCCUAAUGUGAGAACAUAUACGGUUCUUAUUCAUGCAUUGUGUGGAUCAAGAAGGAAACUAGAAGCAAUUAAUCUAUUUAAAGAGAUGAUAGAGAAGGGUUGUGAACCCAAUGUAUAUACUUAUUGUGUGCUCAUUGAUAGCAUGUGUAAGGAAAAUAAGCUUGAUUAUGCUAGAAAGGUGCUAAAUCAGAUGCUGGAGAAAGGAUUGAGUCCUAAUGUUGUCACAUACAAUGCAUUAAUAAAUGGGUAUUGCAAGGAGGGAACAGUUGAGGCUGCACUUGAGAUUUUGGCUUUGAUGGAAUCAAAUGUUUGUUGCCCAGAUGUUCACACAUUCAGUGUAUUGAUUGACGGGUUGUGUAAAAGGAAUAAUGUGCACCAGGCAAUGGCACUGCUUAACAACAUGCUUGAACGGAAGCUCUCACCAAACUUGGUUACAUAUAACUCAUUACUCCAUGGCCAGUGUAAAGGAGGUCAUUUCGAUAGUGCUCAUAGGUUGCUUAAUUUGAUGACUCAUAGUGGUUUGGCUCCUGACCAGAUUACUUACUGUAUUUUCAUCGAUGGUCUCUGUAAGUGGAAGAGAUUACAGGAAGCUCAAACCAUGUUUGAUACUCUCAAGAAGAAUGGCAUCAAGUCAAGUACAGAGAUGUUUACUGCUUUAAUUGAUGGUUACUGCAAGAUUGGGAAAAUCGAUGAUGCCCUUUCUCUAUUUGAUUGUAUGCUUGCUGAGGAUUGUUUGCCAAAUUCAUAUGCUAUCAAUGCCUUGAUACAUGGGCUUUUCAAAGAGAAAAAAAUGAUAGAAGCAUCCUCAGUCAUGGAAAAGAUGUUAAGUAUAGGUGUGAAGCCUACAGUCCCUCAUUAUAAUAUUUUAAUUAAUCAUGUUCUGAAAGAAGGUGACUUUGAUCGUGCUCAUCAGCUUCUCAAUAAAAUGGUCUCUGUCGGUAACAAGCCUACUCUAAUUACUUACAACACAUUAAUUCAGGCAUAUUGCGCGUUAGGGAAUAUAAAUGAAGCGGAGAAGCUGAUGAGUAAGAUGAAUGGAGAAGGAAUUUCUGCAGAUUCGUUGACUUACACAUUUUUAAUUGAUGGAUAUGUCCGUAUGGGAUUAAUUGAUUGUGCGUUUGAUGUUCUUAAGCGCAUGUUUGAUUCUGGUUGUGAGCCUUGUCAUCGUACCUAUUCCUUUCUAAUCAAAUAUCUCUCAAAUAAGAAGUUCGUCAUGACAAACAGCAAAGCAGUGGGUCUCGAUAUAAUGUUGAAUGUCUCUGGAAAUAUCACUGAUAUAUGGAAGACCAUGGAUUUUGAAAUUGCUUUGGAGCUAUUUGAGAAGAUGGUUGGACAUGGUUGUGCUCCCAAUAUGAACACCUAUGGCGAGCUUAUAGUAAGACUUUGCAAAGAGAGAAACUUGGAAGUGGCCCAGAGGUUAUAUGAUCAUAUGAGAGAUAUGGGUAUUUCUCCCAACGAAGAUAUUUAUAAUUCUCUUGUUAAUUGUUGCUGUGAGAUGCAUGUGUAUGGAGAAGCAGCAAUUCUAGUGCAUACUAUGAUUGAGCAUGGUUAUUUACCAGCAUUAGAGUCGUGCAAGUUGCUUGUAAGUGGCCUUUUUGAUGAAGAGAAUGACGAGAAGGCUAAGGAAGUUUUUUGUAGCAUGCUUCGCUGUGGGUAUAACUAUGAUGAAGUAGCUUGGAAACUUCUCCUUGAUGGUUUGAUUAAGAGGGGCCAUUUAAAUAGAGGAUCAGAGCUGCUAACAGUCAUGGAGAAAAUGGGUUGCCAGCUUCAUCCUGAGACAAAUAGAAUGUUGACUGAGGGACUUAAUGGGACAUGA